GAAAUAGCCAGCCGCGGUGCAUCGUGGGAUACAAAAUGUCUCCCCAGAUUGCAAACUGGUGCUAAUUUACCAGACAUAACAGGGAAUAAAUAUACGAUUUAUUCACCUUUUCCUGCUGCUGUGGUGGCAGCAUAAAUCUUCUGAAGUUAACGUAUUAUCCCGUCGCCAUGUCAACGAAAGAUGAGUGCAAGGUGUCCAGUUCCACGUCAAGCACAAAAGAGAGGAAGAGAUCGAGGAGCGGAGGGCGGGAAAAAAGGAAGCGGAAACGCAGCCGUAGCAGAUCUUCCUCGUCGUCCUCUUCAAGCUCAUCUUCGUCGUCUUCAUCCUCAUCGUCCUCCUCUUCGUCUUCAUCUUCAGGCUCAUCGUACUCAUCCAGCAGCAGCCGGAGUAGCUCCAGCAGUAGCGACUCUCGCAGUAAAUCAAGAAAACACUCUAAGAAAAGGAAAAAAGAGAAACACAAAAAAAAAGGGAAGAAAGAGAAGCGACAUAAACACAAGAAAGACAAGAAAUCAAAAGGAGGAGAAGAUAACUCGGGACCUGUACAAAUAUCCAAGUACUUGAAGGACAGGAAAAAAGGCAAGUACAGCAUGAUUUCAGGGAAGAAGAUAAAGAUGAAAGUCAAGAAGUCAAAGAAAGACAAACAGCGGGAUAAAAAUCGAGCGGAGCUUCUCGACUUCCUCAACUCGACCCUGUGAUGCACCAGUCCUGUUGGUUCGGGAACAGACGCAUCAGCAGAACUCAGGAAACAACAAGUCGACCUUUCCAGGUGAACACAACCGGAGAGUUUUCUGAGGAUGUGAUGGUGAAUAUACGAUGCGUCGCCACAUAGGGGCAGCACCAAGCUGGACGGAGCGAAGCAGCGAGACUAGUUGCUACAUUUUCACCACGAUGCCGCGCGGGCGGCCUGCUCCUCAGCACAGUCUGGUAGCUCUUGUAAGAUAAUAAUUGUUAAUGAUGAGCAGUGUCGUUCAGAUUUUUUAACCGUGGACAACUAGAUCGCACAUAAAUGGAAAACCGGUCAGCAAACAUGCCACCCCGCCAAGCUUAACGAAUCAAUUUAAAAUUGCAAACCGUUAAAAACAUUGAGAGGAGUUGUAUCAAGAUAGAAGCAGAAGAACAAGAGAUUGUCGUAUAUGUCUUGUCUUCCUUGUUUGAACUGGGCACCAACACCUGUAGCUUUGAGCCUCACGUUGAAAGUGUUUGGUAAAUCCACACCAAUAGAUUUUUAUUUUCCAUUUUCAAACUCGUAGACUUCAGCCAAGCAACACUGACCGGUGGUGGCACCUUUUAGUAUAUUAAUCGGACUCCGCAUACAGAAGUCCCUUCGUUUCUGUUCACAUGUGCUGUAGCGUUCUCUACAUCUGUAAACAGCUUUUAGACUUGAAAUCAGCUCUUUAAAUCUAUAGUUUUACAUGCUCUCAGUGGCUUUGUUCACUUCAACAAUAUUUCCAACUUAGCUGCUUGGACACCGAAUAAAAUGACAUUCAUUUAAGAUACAUGUGUUCACGUGCCUCUAAUUAAUCAGAAUUGAGCUUGAAACGCAGCUGUUUCUGUCCCUCGAUUACACCACGUAGGGGUGGACUCAUUCAUGUCGACAUUACUUCAUAUACGAAUGUCCAUACGUUACUUAUUUUCUUUUUUUUUUUGUAGAUAACUAAGUGUAAUGUUCCCACAGUGAAUCCUGGUUGUGAGAACUCGUGUUUUCGGUGCGAAGACUGAGAAUUGACUCUGCUUUAUUUGAGGAGGACCGUAUGAUUUAAAACAUGUACUCGCGCAGGUAAUAUUUUGAUAUCAUUUUAAAUAAACCGUAAUGUAAAAAAAUACAGCGAUUGUUAGUCAUUUGAAACCGGUGGAAAUCUUUAUAUGAUGAAGGAGCAAACCUGUUGUGUACUGUCGAGUGUUUGUGUGUGUGACAGGUGGAAAAGAAAAAGCAAUUAAACUGCUGGAAAGAGUUUAGUUUGAAAGGUUUUA